GACAUUUCCUGCCGCAACACUCUCUCGGCGGAGCGAGAGGAAGGGUGUCGGCUCUCCGCGUGGCGACGUUUUCUCUGUUAUGAAGGUAGAAACUCUGUGUUUUCUGCGGUGAAAGAUGAUGAUGGAGGCUCUGUGGAGGCUCGUGCUGCUGUCUGUGGGGCUGAACGUCGCUUUGUGUCAAGAUAAACCGACCUACGUGAAGAAAGGCGGGACCCAGGAGCUGGUCCUGAGGCCUCCACCGGCGGACCGGAUCACCAACAUCCUGUGGAAGUUUAAAGGUGAUCUGCUGGCUGAGUGGGUGGAAACUCCUCCGGUUCCUCUGUUUUAUUAUGAGCCCUUUGAAGGCCGAUCCACCCUGGACAUAACCACUGGACGUCUGGUGAUCAACAGCAUGACUACAAACGACUCUGGAGUGUACACAGUGGAGGUCAACCUCAAGGUCCACAGUACGAGUUACAAUGUUAAGGUGAUUGAAGAAGUCCCCAAACCCACGGUGGAGGUGAAACCUCUGGCUUGUGGCCCAGAAUCAGUACAAUGUAAGCUGACCUGUGUGGCAGAAAACCCAGAAGCUGAACCCGUCACCUACAGCUGGAAGAGGGACGACGGAGACUGGACGGAGUCAGGAAAAGACUUGUCCAUCACGAAGGAGGGCGACUCGAGUGUGAAGACCUUCACCUGCCAGGCCAAGAACCCAGUCAGCGAGGAAGUCAGUCAACCCAAAGAGAAUCUGUUGUACAAGGAGCCGGAGGAGGAACCUGGAAAUGGUGGAGCGGUGGCCGGUGGCAUCAUUGGCGGGCUCAUUUUUUUGGGACUGGCUGUUUUGGGCACUUUAUGGAAGUUAAAGAAAGGCCCCUUCAGUAACAGAGGCAGUGAGAACAUUCCAUCUGUUGAAAACGGGAAAACAUCUAAUGUAGAACCGCCACCAACUCAUCAACCGCCACCAUCAACCGCUGACACUCCCAACGAGCCGCCCAAACCCGAGGAAUUACCACUUAAAGAAAACGCGGAGCCAAGAGACGGAGAAGAAGAAUGAAAUGUUGGCCUUCUGGUCUCGUGGUUCAGUCCUCUCAUUGCUUUUGCUGCAUACGUGCUAAGAAACCAUCUGUUGAAAUGUGUUGUCCUAGCAUGCAGCUGUUGACUGUUACUUGUUUUUUCAUGUCUUCCCCAAAAAAACAAAACCAUUUGGGUUGGAGAACGGCAUGAAAACAUGAUAAUUUGUCCAUAUUUUGAACUGGAGCCUAUGUAUUUAUGUGUGUUUUUAAAAAAAUGUUGUUUCUUUAGACUGUAUGUAAAGUGAAGCCAAAACAGCUGCUUUGCCCCCCGGUGGCAGGUUGGAGUACAGCUCACAGACCCCGCCCCCGAACCCCCUUUUUUUUUUAGCCGACUAUAAUGUAAAAAAAACAAUUAAUUUGGAUGUUUUCAGUCAGUUUAAGAAGCUAAAAUGUCUUUUUUGCUGAUACAAUUGUUGUUUUUAUGGUUAUUUGAUGCUUUUAAAAGGGGCUUUAACAUCGUGCACUGAUCAGGCCGAUGUUUUGGCGGGAACAAAACCCCGCCCCCAUACCCCCUUUUUUUAACGGACUAUAAAGUAAAAAAUAAUACUAAUUUGGAUGUUUUCUGUCAGUUUAAGCAGCUAAAAUAUAAUUUUUAAAUUGUUAUUUGAUCUAUAAAUACGGGGUUCAACAUCGUGCACUGAUUGGGUCAGGCCGGCGUUUUGGCGGGAACUUGCGGCCUGGUUCCAAAUGACGUCACAAGAUGGCCGCGGCCGCGUCAGAGAUGGUUUUGGCUUCACUUUUGUGCAGAGAGGAAGCAGAUUGUUGGGCUGGGCAGCAGGGAGACUCCAGGAUUUCUAUUUAAAUGAGGUAGAAAUGAGAAAAUGUUGAUUUUCAUGUGCAGAAAUCAGGUAAUAGGUGGAAAGUGGCGCUGCACCAGUACUCUCGCCAAGCCGGGUAGAGGUUCUCGACAAUUGGAGCCAAAAAAAGUCACAAAAAGGGAAGAAAAAUGCAUCCCAGCAUGUAAAUCACAGUAUUAUGACAAUCCUGUGAUACAUAAUCUAGUAUGAAAUCUGAUAUUACCGUCAGCUCAGAAACAGCAGAGCUUCACUUUUCAUUUCUGCUAAUGGAAAGCUUUUUUUUUUAAUAUUGAAAUGCUUGUAAUGAGUCAUCGUCCAGCAACAACCAGCACUGCUCCGAGGUUAUGAACUGGAUUGGAAACGCUCAAUCAUCUUCCGCAGAAAAGAACAAAUGCAUUUGUUUGUUUUUUGCCUUUUUUCUAAAAAUAUAAUUUUGCCAUUUAUGCCUUUGCACAUGUGACAUUCAGUCAUGGAAAAAAUGAUCAGAGCACCUUGUUUUCUUCAGUUUCUUGUUCAUUUUAAUGUCUGUUACAACUAAAGGAUCAACAACAACAAAACUAUCUGAUAAGAGUUAAAUUUAAGAGCUGAUGUCUAGACAUUUAACAUGGUUUUAUUCAUGUACAAGAAUGUUUCCAUUAGUAGAUUUAAAAAUGAUCAAAGAAGACACAAAAUGACCAAAAAUAAACGUAAAAAUGGCCAAAAAAGGACACAAAAUUAUCGAAAUGGAAACAAAUUGACAAAAAAAGAUGUAAAAUGACUAAAUAGGACACAGAAUGACCAAAAAUAGAUGUAAAAAUAUUUAUUUAAUGUUUAUAUUUGUCCAAACAAAUCAACCUUUAGUUGGACCAGACAUUAAAAUGAACAAAAAAUUAAAGAAAAAGACACAAAUGACUAAAAAUGGAUGUAAAAAUGAUCGAAAUGGAAACAAAAUGACCAAAAAUAGAUGUAAAAAUGGUCAAAAAAGACACAAAAUUACCAACAAAAGACACAAAAUGACACAUUUUGUUAUAUUAGUCCAAACAAAUGUAACUUAAGUUGUACCAGACAUUAAAGUGAACAAGAAAUUAAAGAAAAAAGACACAAAUGAUCAAAAAUGGAUGUAAAAAUGAUCAAAAUGGAAACAAAAUGACCAAAAAUAGAUGCAAAAAUGGUCAAAAAUGACACAUUUUGUUAUAUUUGUCCAAACAAAUGAACCUUUAGUUGAACCAGACAUAAAAAUAGAACAAUAAACUGAAGAAAACAAGGAGGUUUAAUCAUGUUUUUCCAUGAUUGUAUAUUAUUGUCUUAUUGUUUCAACCUUCCACUGUUAUAAAGAGUCAGAAACGUUGAUCUAGCGCAGCGUUUGGUGGUGAACGCCUCGGUGAGCGCCUCGGUGAGCGCCUCGGUGAGCGCCUCGGUGCUGUCAGGGAGAGUCUGCUGAAUACUUUGACCAUGAGCUGUUUGGAGACCUGCCAGAGAGACUCAGAGGCUCUUUUACUUCUUUUUAUCUUCUCAGCACUUAUACAAUAUCAGCUCAGUUAUGGAAUAAAUGUUGUUGUUGUCAGGCAGAUGAACUGAAUGUAUGAAGUGUGAAUGUAAAUUGUGUUUGCACGAGCAAGAAAUGACAGAAAAUGUGUUUUUAGGCUGUUUUUACUCUCGAUGUGCCUCCAUCAAACUAGAGAUCUAGAGAAAUACAUGACAUGUGCACCUUUUUGUAAUUUAUUCUUGAUGUUCGCAUUUUAAAGUAUGGAUUUGCUGAUUUCUAUAAAGUGCCUUUUAAAUAAACCUGAGUCUGAGAAUCAGAA